AUGUCCUCCUCCAACAGGACUGGGUCGAGCCCCCUGAGCUUCACCCUGAYGGGCAUUCCUGGGGUGCCGGUGAGCGGCUGGUGGGUGGCAGUGCCCCUGUGCUGCCUGUACGUGCUCAUGCUGCUGGGGAACUGCAGCCUGCUCUGGACCCUGAGGAGCGAGCCCRCCCUGCACAGCCCCAUGUGCUGCCUGCUGUCCCUGCUGGCGCUGGCAGACCUGGGGCUGUCCCUGUGCACGCUGCCCACCGUGCUGCCCGUGUUCUGCGUGCCCGCCCUCUCGCUGCCUUUCCGGGCSUGCCUUGCCCAGAUGUACUUCAUCCACACCUUCUCGGCCAUCGAGUCUGGGGUGCUGGUGGCCAUGGCCUUCGACCGCUUYGUGGCCAUCUGCCACCCGCUGCGCUACGGCUCCGUGCUGAGCAGCUCCYUGGUGGCCAGGGCAGGGGUGCUGAUCGUGCUGCGGGCUGUCAGCAUGGUGCUGCCCGYGGCCAUCCUCAUGGCAGGGAUGCCUUUCUGCCGCUCCCGUGUGCUGUCCCACUCCUUCUGCCUGCACCAGGACAUGCUGAGGCUGGCCUGUGGGGACGUCCGGYCCAGCAGCUGGUACGGGCUGAGCACCGUGAUCCUCACCAAGGGCCUGGACUUGCUGGCCAUCAUCCUGUCCUACAUGCUCAUCCUCAGGACCAUCCUAGGCACCGUGUCCCCGGAGGCGCGAGCCAAAGCCUUCAGCACCUGCAUUUCCCACCUCUGUGCCGUCCUCAUUUUCUACAUCCCCCUCAUCAGCCUCUCCGUCAUCCACAGGUUUGGGAGGCACCUGCCCCCCCUCACCCACACGCUCCUGGCUGAUGUCUACCUGCUGGUCCCCCCUGUCCUGAAUCCCCUCGUGUACAGCUGGAAAACAAAGCAGAUCCGCAGGAGGAUCCUCAUCCUGCUCUGCCACAGAGGGACCCAGCAGCUGGCUUAG